AUUGGACCGUGAGGAUGGAGGUCAUAUGUACAUAUAGGGAAACUGCAUUGUCUAUAGUGGUCACACUGGUGAUUGAAAAGUGUGACUAGUUUUAACAAGAGAGUGGGUUAAUGUGGUAAUUUUCCAUUAUACGUAUUUAGUUUGAGGUACACUAAUAUAGAGUAUGGCUUUUAAUUUGGGAUCUACGCCAGCUUUUCCACCAGUAUCGUCAUCCGCAGUACCCCCAUUUGGUUUUGGAGUGGGAAAUACAGCUACUACAACGAAAGCUGGAUUUGGCAACACUGGUUUCUCUUUUGGUGGUGGUGCAUCAACAGCUCCUAGUUUCAGUCUUGGUAGUGGUGCAACUUCCACUACAAGUUCAGGCUUUGGUUUUGGAGGUAUCCGCUCAUGCCUUCCUCCUAGUGGAACAACAGGGUUCGGUGGAUUUGGAACUGGAUUUGGUUCUAACACAGCAACCAGCACCACGAUAUCCAAUGCCAACCCAUUUGGAGGGUUUGGAGGAUUUGGGAACACUGGUGCUACUACCACCACAACUCAGAGCCCAUUCCAGUUGACUUCAACUCCAAGGCCCCUCUUUGGCCAACCUCAAACCACCGCCACAAACUUGGGAUUUGGAGGGUAUGGGAGUUUUGGAGUAAAACAGCAGUCAACCCCAAUGCUAGGAUCUUUUGGAACCUUUGGUACUGGAACUGGAGGUUCAGCAUUUGGACAAGGUUUAACCCAGCCACAGCAGCAGGUUCCGCCAAAUCCUCUCGAGGCUUUGCAUAAUGCUGUGUUGAACUGUAAUGUAUAUGGGGAUGAGAGAGACACUACACUGGCAAGGUGGAAUUUACUGCAAGCUCUCUGGGGGGCAGGCAAAGCUUACUACUCACAGAUGGCUCCUCCAAUUGAGCUGACACAGCAGAACCCCUUGUGCAGAUUUAAAGCUAUUGGAUACAGCUGCAUGCCGUCUUCAGACAAUGCUCAGGGGCUAGUGGCAAUCACCUUCAACAAGAAAGAGGAAGAAAUCCGGAGCCAACAGGCACAGCUGAUAAGCAGUCUGAAUAUGGUACUGGGUAACAAGCCAAACAUAAGUCUCACCAUUGAAGGCAUAAAACUCAUCUAUGAAACCAAGACCCAGGUGGUUAUAUAUGUCCAAGAAAAAAGUGUUACAGGAUCGAUGAGACGCAUACCUGCUACAGAACUGUCAGCCUACCUCGUGAUGCAAAAGCACCAGCUUUUGAGCCUUGGUGCAGAUAAUGUGUUCGCACAAGUAGCACCAGACAAAGACCAGAUCAAGGAAUACCUAGAAAAUCCUCCAGCUGGCAUUGACCCUCGACUGUGGAAGCAGGCUCAGUUGGACAACCCAAACCCUGAAAAGUACAUUCCAGUUCCAAUGAUUGGAUUUGGUGAAGUGCGUUGGAGAAUGAAGUGUCAAGAGCAAGAAACUAAAUUACAUCAGGCAUUCUUGGACCGUGUGGCUGAGGACAUUGCAGAGCUACAGCGGCGUCACACAGCUACUGUUGCCAAGAUCGCAGAAUAUCGUCGCAAAUUUUUGGAUUUAGAACACAGAGUUCUCCAGGUCCUUGCAAAGCAGGAAGUGUCACGAAAAGUGGGUCUCGCACUACAACCUGAGGAGGAAGCGCUCAGGAGUCAAUUAGAGGCACUUCAGAAUCAGCUUCAUGCUCCUGCACAGUUCAAGGGUCAAGUAAGUGAAUUGCUGUCACAAAUGCGAAUGCAGAGACAAGAGGCGGCACACAGAGAAGUUGAGCGCUACUCAAUGGAUCCGUCUGUACAGGAAGAUAUUAAACAGUUUCUGGUUAUAGAGCAGAAUUGUAUGGCCCACUUGAUUGAAACAAUCCAGACUGACAUGGCCACACUGAAGAUUAUCAAGGAAGGAAUGACUAGGUUAUUACAAGAACACUGAUAUUAUGGAAUAUUUAAAAAUUAAUUUUUCUUGCAGGCUUCAAGAAUGAUGUUAUACUCAGUUGUAUAUUCAAAUUGUAAUUUUUCCACAAUUAUGUACCACUAAUUUUUUAAAUUCAGUUAUGUUCAUUUUAUUUUAUCUCAUUUAUAGUUGUAUUUCAAAAUGAGAGAUCAUUCUAAGGUUUCACUUUAUGUCUGCAUACAAAAUUACAGGGGAAAGAGCAUUUUCUAGUGGUAUGAGUCAGUGUUCAAUCUUGAUUUAAAAGAGAAAUUUACUUAAACUUUGUAAAGUAUGAAAUUCCUGGACUCAGAUUAAAUUUACAAACACUUUUGGUUUGGAUCCAAUUCAGCAGUAUUGAAGUGGGGCUGUGGACUAGAUUUGUAUGUAAUAUGCAGUGCUGACACUGAAUACUGAGUUUCAUUAAAAUGUGUUGAAUACUUUCUGAACUUAAACAUCUGGACAGAAACAACUCUCCCAUUAUGCAUUCCUUUACAUAUUUUGUGAAAGCUCACAUAGAAAUUGUACCAUGAAACAAUGUGUGUUAUAUAUACAUAUGAAGAAACAUAUUUUUCAAUGCAGAAGAGAACUACAGAUUAAGGAUACAGCUUUUCAGUGUUGAGGGCAAACUGUAGCCAAUUCUAUAAAUAUAUGUAUCACUGUAAUAAUGUCUGAAUAAAUUGUACUAGUAGUAAUCUGUGAAUCACAAACUUACCACUGACAAGGUACAGUAUCUCUCACACAUGUGCAGGGUUUCUUCGUGGGUAUGUGUAACAGAGAGCUACCUGCCCUCCAGUUGUCUUGAACUGAACUGAAAUUAAAAACAAUGAAGUACAAACAGUA